GUCACGUGGGCCUGCGGGCUUAAAGGAGGGUCGUCCUCACAGCCGGCACACUCGCAGUCGGCUCCUCCGUGCCCCCUGCUGCUCCGUGCCCGCUGCCCGCCAAGCCCGCUCCCAGGAUGAUGUGCGGUGGGUGCUCCGACACCCGGCCCGCCACGGCCGAGGUCCAGGCCAUCACCGACAAGGUGAAAGCCCAGCUGGAGGAGAAGGAAAACAAGAAGUACAGCACCUUUAAGGCUGUGGAGUUCCAGACCCAGGUGGUCGCGGGGACCAACUACUUCAUCAAGGUUCAAGUUGAAGAUGAUGACUUCGUACACCUUCGAGUGUUUGAAAGUCUCCCACAUGAAAACAAAGCCUUGGUCUUGCACGGCUAUCAGACCAACAAGACCAAGCAAGAUAAGCUGAGCUAUUUCUAGUUCUGGGUUUUGAACUGAGCCUGUCGUCCAUCUCUGUCAUCUGCGAUCGCAUGUCUGGGAUCCUAAGUGAACGAUGUCCCUUGCUGUGCCCUUCUCGAUGGAAGGGGCUGUUCUGUACCAAUGUGGAUUCUGUUUAUGACGUUAACAGUGCGAUUCUCCUCCCAAUUAAUGACCUUACCUAAAUUGCUUUCUAAGAUGGCUUAGAUUAUCUCUAAAUACAUAUAUUUUUAA